AUGAUAUUUAGUAGGAUUUAUAGUUUUAUUGCUGGUAACACUGAACUGUCAGUAGCCCGCAAGAUGGUAGACCGUAAGCAGGCGUCUACGCACAAGCCGAUUUCACAACAAAAGCUUCAACAACAACUAAACAGAGCCCGCAGAAUUCUAGCCCUAGUUCCAAAAUCUGGAGCUAGAUCAGAUGUAGGUAGCAGAGAUGAUUCAGCUGAUGAGUUAUAUAAGUAUAUCCCUCCAACUCUUUCCGACAGUAGCUCCCCAGCUCCAUCUUUGCCAUCGUCUUUGUUGGAUCUAAACCUAUUAUCGGAUAGCAAUAAAGAGAUAGAUGAAAUGAAUGAUUAA